AAAGUGAGAAUUGUACCACAAAAAAUAAAGUGCGCGUUAUCCGAAACAGAGACGCGAGAGGAAAAAUGGCGAACAUAGCAUCACCUUCUCUUCAACUCUCUAAUCCAUUUCUCCUUUCUUCUUCCAAACUUCCUAUCCACAUCCCCAGGCCAUUCCUUCUCUUCACCACUCGCGCCACCGAACCACAAACACCGCCCUCCGAUUCGGAUCCAUCCGAACCACCCGCUACCACCGAAGAAGACUUCGACGACCGCAUGAAGGAAUUCCGUCUCCGUUACCGGAGUGGCACGGGAAAGAAAGCGGAAAUCCGGAAAGGACGGAAGUCUAAUAAAGUUGCGUCGAAGUCGGGAUCCGGCGUGUACUUGCCACCGGUGGCUUUGAAAGAAGCGGUUUCUGGUGGAUUGAAGGUGGAAUUAGGGUUUAGCAAAUACAGCGAGAAAUUGAAUGGUCGAAUUGCAAUUCUUGGAUUGAUAGCACUUUUGCUUGUGGAGCUUGCAACUGGGAAAAGCGUUAUCAAUUAUCAUACACCUGGCACUGUGCUUAUUCAGAUAUAUUUUGUAGCUUCUGUUACUGCUAUCUAUGUUAAGUAUGAGAAGGAGAAAAUCAGUGUUUGGCCUGAUUCUUCUUCAACCAAUUAAUGUGUUACCAUUUUCAAUUCCAAAGCUAUGUUAAUUAAUUAAUUAAUAUUGUUGAGCUUCACUUUAUAGAAUGAGAAAAGGAAAUAUCAUUGGUUCUAUGUGUUUGCUAA